AUGCUGGGAGAAGCUUACUCGGAUGAAGAUGCCCAAAAUAAAGAUAAAACCAGAGCUGAUAGCCAUAUUCAACUUGAGGGGAAGUUUUCCCGAGGGAAGUCAAAAGAACUGGAGGUUGAGGAAGAGAAGCGAUAUAUGUGCUUGAUGAAUCUUUUGGAUAAAUCCAAGAAGCUUGCAAGCUUUUUGGAGCAAAAACUAGAUGUGCAAGGUAUGAAUGUUAAGCAGACAUGUGAACCAAAAGGAAAAAUAGAGCAAAUGAAGGGUGAUGUGGCCAAAGGGAAUAGUGCCGUUCAUCAAAACAUUCAGGAACAUGAAGCAAAGAGAAAGAUGCUAGGGAAGAUGGAAGUUUUUGGUCAGUGUAAUUUAUUUGAGGGUGGGAAACUUCGUCCAUAUCAAGUGGAAGGAGUGGAGUGGCUGAACCUCCUCUUUCUGAAUGGGACCAAUGGGAUUCUUGCUGAUGAAAUGGGACUAGGGAAAACAGUGCAGUGCAUUGCCUUCAUUUCACAUCUCAUUGAAAAUUCCAUGAAAGGGCCAUUCCUUGUUGUUGCACCUCUGUCUACACUGCCUAAUUGGUUGUCUGAAUUUCAGCAGUUCACCCCCAAAUUGAAGGUGGUAUUGUAUCAUGGAGCUGCAGCAACACGGAAAGCUCUCAUCCCUGAGAUUAAGAAGCAGCAUCAACUGACAUCUUCCAUUUCUUCCCACCCAGUGGUGCUUACUUCUUAUGACAUCAUAAUCAGGGAUGCAAAAAUCCUUAGGAAAUUUUCUUGGGCUUACUGCAUGAUUGAUGAAGGUCAUCGGCUAAAAAACUUUAACUGUCGACUGGUGAGGGAAUUGCAUCAGUUUCACUUUGACAGUGUGCUCAUCCUAACUGGAACCCCCUUGCAAAACAACCUGGAAGAGCUAUGGGCCCUGCUCAACUUCAUAUUACCUGAUGUAUUCCAUGAUCUUCAAGUCUUCCAAUCUUGGUUCCAAAUUCAUGAUCUCAUCUCUGGUGGCUCAGACAAGAUCCUUUCUCAGGAGAAGGAAAAGAAGAUCCUGACAAGUUUUCAUCAGAUCCUUAGUCCAUUCAUUCUACGCCGUUUGAAGGUUGAUGUUGAAAUAGAGCUCCCAGCAAAAAAGGAGCUUCUCAUCUAUUGUCCAUUGACAGAAGAGCAAUUCUCAUUGUAUUCUGCUGUUCUGGAUGGCUCCAUGCUGAAGUUCUGCAGUCAGAAGAGUGACACUGGACCCCCCUUGACUGUUAAUGGCAAGAGACAUUGUAAGGGACGGAAUGAAUCAUUCUCAUUUGCUGAGUGUGAUGGGAUCGAAGAAUAUGAUGAUGAUGACAUUGAUCUCAAGAGCCCCAAGAAUGUGGUGAAGUCUUCUGAUUUGUCAACCAGUCCUGUCAUGGAAAAUAAAGAAAACUCCAUGCACAUUGUCAAUAUGAAGCUUAAUAAUCGUAUGAUGAUGUUGCGAAAGAUCGCUAAUCACCCCUACCUUGUUCGUUUCCCACUGAAUCCUCAGAACCCUCAUGACUUUGGUCCUGAAUUGAUAGCAGCUAGUGGUAAGUUGCUUGUUCUUGAUGAGCUCCUGCACCAGCUGAAGAAGCAGAAGCACAAGGUACUGAUAUUCUCCCAGAUGACAAGAAUGAUGGACAUAUUGGCUGAUUACCUUGAUAUGAGAGGCUUUGGAUUUGCACAACUGGAUGGAAGAAUGAGUCUUGACUUGAGGCAGGAGAUGAUCAAAAGAUUCAAUUCAGAUGUUAAUACUUUUGUCUUCCUGAUCAGCACAAGGGCAGGAGGUUUGGGGCUGAACUUGACUGCUGCUGACACAGUUGUCAUAUAUGAUUCUGAUUGGAACCCACAGCAAGAUUUACAGGCUCAAGACCGAUGCCAUCGUAUUGGUCAGUCCAAGCCUGUCGUGGUAUAUCGUCUGGUCACAGUCAACACGAUCGAUGAGGAAAUGGUUGAGAGAGCAUCGGCCAAAAGACGCCUUGAAAAGAUCAUCAUGAAGAAGGAGAAGUUUGAUUCCAUUCACAAAGGAAGUGAAGGGAAGCAGUUGAAUCUUUGUGAAUUGGAGGAGUUGAUGAAAUCAUCAGAUUUUCAUGGAGUUGCACAUCCAUGCUCUUCUGGGAAAGUCUUCACAGAUGAGCAACUCAAGAGUCUCUUGGAUAGGGAUGCCCUAUUCCAGAUGGAAAUGGGCACCAAACAGAGUAGUGGAAACUGUGCAUACAAGGUGCUUCCAUCAGAAACUGCAUUGAGAUUCAUUUGA